CGUUUCCUGGUGUAGAGAGGCAGGGAGGACACCGCGCGCGUCGCUAGAGUCGUUUUUUUAUCGAAGUCUUUAGCUGUCCAGGUUGCACCCCGGGACGGACUUGUUUACAGCUCCCGAUCCCCCUCCCAACUCCGAACGUGAGCCAGGGCUCACUCAUCCGAGUCACCUCGGCGUCAGCCCUUUGAGGGGAAGCAGGAUGGAGUUCAAGCUGGAGGCUCACCGCAUAGUCAGCAUCUCCCUCGGCAAGAUCUACAACUCGCGGGUCCAGCGCGGCGGCAUCAAGCUACACAAGAACCUCCUGGUCUCGCUGGUGCUGCGCAGCGCCCGUCAGGUCUACCUGAGCGACCCAUGCCCUGGACUCUACCUGGCCGGUCCCGUGGGGACUCCGGCGCCGCCGCCGCAGCAGCCCAGGGAGCCAGCGGCCGGACCACCUGCCGGCUGGGGAGAGCCGCCUCCGCCUGCCGCCCGCGCCGCCUGGCCAGAGACAGAGCCUCAGCCUCAGCCGCAGCCGCCUCCGGAGCGCACCGCGGUCCCAGACGCGCCGUGGGUGGGGGGAGCGGAGCCAGCGACCACGGUGACCCGAGUCGGGGACGCUCUUCAGGGCAGAGAGGCCGACACGGCGGAAGCUGCCUGGGGCCGCGUGGAAGGACCACGCGGGGCAGCCGCCGAAGGAGCCGGGGACCCCGCCAGAGGCUCGGACGUCUUCCCCGAGGGACCUGCGCGCCGCCCCAGUGCCUGUACCCCAGGAGGGGAGGACCAGCGGGGCGCGGCGGCCGCGUCCCCGGGUGCUGACCGCUGCUGCGCGCCGCGGCCCGUUGUGGACCAGUCCCCCGCGCCGCCCGCCGUGUGCCCCAGGAAGCGCGGCGCGGCGGGAGUGGGCGGCGGCCCCUCGGGCUGCCAGGCGCCCGGCUCGACCCCGCUCAAGAAGCCCCGCCGGAACUUGGAGGAGCAGCAGCCAGGCAGGCGAGAGGACGACGACUCCGAGGAUAUGGAGACCGGUAACGUGGCUAACCUCAUUAGCAUCUUCGGUUCCAGCUUCUCCGGACUCUUACGGAAGAGCCCCGGGGGCGGCAGGGAGGAAGAAGAGGGAGCUGAGAGCGGUCCGGAAGCCGCCGAGCCCGGGCAGAUCUGCUGCGAUAAGCCGGUGCUGAGGGACAUUAACUCUUGGAGCACAGCCAUCGUGGCCUUCUGAGCCCCAGCCCGCGUGUGCGGAGGAGGUUGAGCAGCGGGUGGCCCCGAUGUGAGGGCCGGGCCUCUCACGGCCGCGAGAACUCCCAUUGACCGAAGGCGCUGAGCGCUGUGGGGAGGCUGGUUGCUGCGGGGCAGCGCGAACUGCCCGGGGCUUGGCGGCCUGCUGUGCCUGGACACUUGGGAGUCUCAUCUUGAGAACUGGGAGUUUGGGGCUAUAGGAAGAGGACGAUCGUUAACUUUUGUGUAUGUGUAUGUCUGUGUGUGUGUAAGUUCGUCUUGCUGAAUUAAGCUUAUUUUGUCCUUUUGGAACGCACCACUCCUUCCCCGGAGCUUAAGAGACUGGGGACAGACAGGGACUUUCCUCUGCCGGCAGCGAGGAGAAGGAAGCGGCGGAGAGGUUGGGCUGGGGAGUUCCCGGCUGGGUCUCGGGGGAGGGAGGGACUUUACACCCGCCCCACGCGGGGAGCUAGAGCCGGGCCAGCGCCAGGAGCGGCGUUUCCUCCUAGGAUUUCCUAGGACCUGAGGGAUUCAGUCUGCAGUAGAGGCUUGUAUUCUUUCUGUCUCUCUCGCCACCUCUCUCUCACUGAAGAAACGUUCAAACCCUGUGAUUACUCUGGGAAAGGGGAAUGGUAACGGCCCUUCGCACCCCCCCAGGGGAGAAGAGAAGCUUGAUGAACUUAACAGAAGAAUUCAAGCUUGGAAAUACGGAAUUUAUAGAGAAAAGCUAUAUUUUUAAAAGCUCUAGGUCAGAACUACUACAUAGUGCUUUUAAAAAGUGCUUAUAAUGAAAUAAAGUUUACAGACGGAAGCCCCAAGUGGAAAGACCUUACGGUUUCAUAGAUAUGGUGACUCCAGUCUUUGUUGUAUAAAGGUUGGGGGAGCUGAUGAGGUUUUUGUACAGUAUUUUCUCCUUCGUUGUAUUGAUUUUUGUAUAAAAAUGUAAAUUUACGUGUCUAACACGUAUUAAAUAUUUUGAAG